CUUUUGCACAAGUGGUUGAAACAGCUGAUGCUGCGCUUCGUUAUUUGCUGUUUGUAUUUUUGUUAAGUAUGAACGAUCCGAACAAAUCGAUUAGUGUCAAUUUAUCCUCGCUGCUCAGUUUAAAAGCUGAAUUACAACGCAAACAACAUGAAGUCAAAUUGGCUAAAGCUGCCAAAACGCCAGCCAACGAAUUUCGCCCCAACAAAGCGGCCAACGAGCGAGAGAAAACUAAAUCCAGCAGCAGCGGUCGCGACAAAAAACAAAACUAUACAGAAAUCAGUCGCAGCGACGAAGUGAAGGUGUAUGAAGCGGAAGACUAUGCACAGUUAGAAAAAUCACGACGUGUUCUGGAAGCGAAGAGUAAGUUCUAUGAUCGCAUGAGCCGCAGUGGCGGGAGCCUCAACUCCGAUGACAAUUGCCUGGUAAUGUUCAAUCGUAAGCGGCAGGAGCAGCAAGAUGAACCAGAGCCGCCUGCAGAACCACGAGCAACAACGCCUCGGGAGCGACGGGUUAGCAGCAGCAGCGACAGUGAUAGCUCUGAUGAAUCUGUGGCGGGCAACGAUGAGGACGAAGUGGAGUAUGUGGAUUGUUUGGGACGCACAAGAAAAUGCCUGCGCAAGGAGCUGGCUGAGGCAAAGCGACGCGACAAGCAGCUUGCAGACAGCAUGCCAGAGCGGUUGGAUCAAACCAAAGCCAAUUGGAUGAUUGAUGUUAAAGGCAAUCGAGGGAGCAAUCAUAAUAGCGACAUCGGCAGCAAUGCCAGCGGUGAUGAUGAGCCCAGCUAUGGACCACGACCCACCGAAAGUGUGUUUAGCGAUGCACUAUCCACGAUGACCAAGCAUGACGAGCAGCGCAUGAACUGGGAACGCAAGGAGCUGGAGAAUGUGGACAAACCCGAUGUGCAUUAUCAGGACGUGUUCUUCGAUGAGGCACGCACUCAUGGUGUGGGCUACUAUGCCUUCUCCACCGAUGAAGCGGAGCGAAAGCAGCAGCAACGCGAGCUGGAGCAAGCGCGGAAGGCAACACAAUCGGAGCAAAAGCGACGAGAUGAUUUGCGCGCUCAACGUGACAAAAUCGUAGCGGAUCGUGUAUUUGCUGCAAAAAAUAGAAUAAGAGCACGCAAUGGACUGCCGCCCAUUAGCAAGGAGGACUACGAGCGUGAGGAGCAACUGAAAAAGGAUGAAGCGGCAGCCGAGACAGCGGAAAGGGAACGGGAGCAAAAGCAAAAGGCAGACAAAGUUUCUGCAGAAAAGGCGGCCGAAGAAGCAGAACGCGAAGAGCUGCGCAAGGAGCACAUACGUGACUGGGAUAGAGAUAAGAGUGGUGUGGCCAAGAAGCAUCAGGUACAGGAACAGCCACCCGAGGAAUGGCAUUACAAGGCAGAGCGUUUGCCCAUGUCGCAGGAGCAAUGGAACGAACAGCAGCGCGCUGUGCGUGCUCCAGAGUUUGCACCUAUGCCCGAGGCGCCGCUGAAGCGCACUAACUUCAGCAGCAUGCCACCGCCUUCCGCGCUGUUGAGUGAUAACCGAGAGUUUAGUAACUUUCACACUACGAAGCGCGAAAAACAAUUCCAGCGUCGCAACUACACGCCAGAUGUUGCUGAAGAGCUGGAUGAAGAGCCUUCGUCAAGUUCUCGAAGUCAAGGAGCUGCGAUACCGCCACCUGAUUGCCUAGAUUCAAGUGCACCUUCGCUGCCGAAGCGUCCCAAAACUCAGGAGGAGCUGGAACGCUCCAUUACAGCGGGUCUGAAGUUUUUACGGGAUAACUGUGACAAAGGCGUCCUGGGCAACAAGGGAACUUGGACAGCUAAAGCGGACUAUUAAGCUUAUGCAAA